CCGGCUCCUAUAUAAGAGCCCCUCCUGGCCGUCAUCUUGUACACAUCAACACCAAGGCACCAAGUCCACUCCUUCACAGCUAUCUCUAGCUUCUUCCAUCUCCUACAUACGAAUCCAUCCCGUGGAUCUCCUCAAAGAUGCAUCGGCUGCUCCUCUUCUGCCUGGUGUCUAGCCAUUUGGCGGUGACCGCCGUCAUGGCGCGGCAGUUCCCCGUCUUCCUCGUCGGUGGUGGCGCCACGGCAGCAGACGCUCCUGCUGCUUCUGCUUUCGAUGCUUCGCGUCUGCAUGUGCACUCCCUCUUGGAGUCCAGCUUCGCAGGGUCGCCGAUGGGCUCGCCUGACCACGGCGUACGGCACGGCCCCUUCGACAGGCACUUCGCCGGGGGCAAGAUCAUACUCGGCGGCCUCGCUGUGGCCAUCAUCGCCGCGGUCUUCUGCUACAUCCGCAUCACGAGGGCCAAGAAGAUCGUCGAGCCGAAAGCUUGACUUUUUUCUGUUCCCUGGUUAAUAUCAUACACUUCUUUUUCGUCUUUCUUUGUAGCGAGGAUAUGGGGGAAAAACAAGUGUAACCCACCCACGUAGUUUUGGUGUAACAUGCAAAGAACAGUUAACUGGCGAUGACUGAUGACAUAUAGUGUGAUUCGUCUCCUUUCUUUGCAGGUCAAGUGUGUUGUAUAUGCCUUGCUGAAAUCCUUUUUCAUA